GUUAAAAGAGAGAUCAGAACAAUGAAACUUCUGCAUCAUCCCAAUAUAGUUAGAAUCCAUGAGGUUGUUGGCACAAAAACGAAGAUAUACAUCGUGAUGGAAUAUCUAUCAGGAGGACAACUAUUAGACAAGUUGUCAUAUGGAAAGAAGUUGAAUGAACAUGAAGCAAGAAAACUAUUCCAGCAACUUAUUGAUGCCCUGGACUACUGCCAUAACAAAGGGGUCUACCAUCGAGAUCUCAAGCCAGAAAACUUGCUUCUUGACAGCAAGGGAAAUCUCAAAGUGUCUGAUUUUGGAUUAAGUGCAUUACAAAAGCAUCAGCGUAAUGAUGUCUUAACAACGCGGUGUGGAUCCCCAUGUUAUGUAGCACCUGAGGUAAGGUUAAUCAGGGGGUUUCCUCUUUCCUUGAAACAUCAUAAGAAAAGGACUGGCAUGUGUACAUUGAUUCUACAACACCUUCCUGUGCAGCUUUUAUUGAGCAAGGGGUAUGAUGGAGCAGCUGCUGAUGUUUGGUCAUGUGGGCGGAUAACUAUACCAGAAAUUAUUGAAGAUCCGUGGUUUAAAGAAGAUUACAAGCCUGUUUGUCCUUCCGAAUUUGAUCAGAACAUUAACUUGGAGGAUGUUGAUGUUGCUUUCAGUUCCAUUAAGGAUGAAAAAAAGCAGCGAACAAGGCUGGGAUCCAAACACAAUAUCAGUGAAACGAUAGAAAAAAUAGAAGCUGCUGCAACAGAUGUAAGAAUGUCAGUAGAGAAAAUUAGCAACUUUAAGGUGAUUGAAGUUGCUCCAACUCAUUGUGUUGUAGAAAUAUCAAAAUCUACCGGAGAUCUAAGAAUGUAUAACAAAAAACGGCCUGAUAAUGAAACCAUAUACAGGGUGUCAAAGCAACUAUGCUGGGGUUGCAUUGGAGAGUCACUGGAGUUCUUGUUCAGGCACAACUUGGUGAGAGCAACCAAGUGGGAACUUCCACUCAUGUGGGAUUUCCAGCUCGAGCAAUACGCGAGGUGGUGGGCUAGUCAAAGGAAAGCAGAUUGUAAACUGGAACAUUCAUUCCCAGAAAAUGAUUUCAAGCUUGGAGAGAAUAUUUUUUGGGGUAGUGGCUCAGCGUGGACGCCAUCUGAUGCAGUAAGAGUGUGGGCUGAUGAAGAGAAAUACUACACCUAUGCCACUAAUUCCUGCGUACCGGGUCAGAUGUGUGGCCAUUACACUCAAAUUGUGUGGAAGAGCACCAGAAGAAUUGGAUGUGCACGGGUUGUAUGCGAUGAUGGAGACGUGUUCAUGACUUGUAACUACGAUCCC